AUGUUGUAAAUUGUGAAGAUCCGGAGGGCUUUGUGUGAAGAAGAACGAAGGGAGAAGUGAUCGCGGAGAGUGAUUUUAUUUUAUUUCUAAGCUUUUUUUUUUCGUUUUCUUCGAUCAGAGUUCUGCAAUAAUGGCGGGGAUUGAAUUAAGAACUGCACCAGCUGAUUUCCGCUUCCCUACUACCAAUCAGACAAGACACUGUUUCACACGCUACAUUGAGUUUCACAAGUGUUUGUCAGCCAAAGGAGAGUCUGUGGACUGUCAAAAAUUUGCCAAGUACUAUCGAUCCCUCUGUCCAGCGGAAUGGGUGGAGAGAUGGAACGAGCAGAGGGAGAACGGAAAUUUCCCGGGACCCCUCUAAAUCAUCUUCCCCCUGGUGCCCUCAUCAGUUAAUGUUUCUGUCAAUCUCCACAAUAAAUUAUUCUGAUCACCAUCUGAUACCAUGGCGGAGGUUUUAUCUUUUAUAUUUGUGAUUAUUGGAUUGGCAUUUCCUUUCUUUUACUUCGCCGCUGAUUUCACUUUGUGAAGUAUUUCGGAGGAAAUUUUAUGAAGUUAAACCCUUAAUUUGCUUUGCCCAUCUCCUUCUAAUAUAUUAGCAUUGUUUUCUAGUA